GGCAGCUAGCAAAGCAGUAUGGAAACAUUUACACUGUGUGGAUUGGGCAUAUCCCUGCAGUUGUGCUGUCUGGGUACAAAGCAGUCAAGGAAGGCCUGAUCAACCAUUCAGAUGACUUUGCUGACCGCCCAGUGACCCCUUUCCUUAAACUUGCAGGAAAAGAAAAGGGAAUUGUACUUUCAAACGGUCACACCUGGAAGCAGCAGAGACGGUUCGGCGUGGUUACUAUGCGGCAGCUGGGCCUGGGGAAGAAGGGCAUGGAACAGCAAAUAGAAGCGGAGGCCAGGGAGCUUGUGGAGAUCUUUGCAUGUGCAAAGGGGCAGCCUUUUGACCCUUCCUUGCACAUCACUAACUCUGUCUGCAAUGUGAUAUGUGCUGUGGCUUUUGGAUACCGAUUCUCAGUUGAAGACGAAGAAUUCCUGAAGUUGAUGGACAACGUUCGGAUUAGCUUACAAUUUGGAGGCAGCUUCUUUCAUGGUCUUUAUGAAAUUAUCCCAUUUGUCAUGAAAUAUAUUCCGGGACCUCACAAGACAGCCUUAUCCUCCAUGGAGAUGGUGUUGUCAUUUGCAAAGAAGGAGAUAGCAAAGCACAAGGAAGAUCAGACUGUGCAUGAGCCCCAGGACUUCAUUGAUUACUAUCUACUUCAGAUGGAGAGAAGCAAGGAUGACCCCAACUCUACCUACGAUGAGGAGAACCUGGCUCAGUGCAUCUUUGACCUCUUUAUUGCAGGGACAGAGACGACUGCCACUUCUCUGCAAUGGGCCCUGCUUCUCAUGGCGACUCAUCCAGAUAUCCAAGAGAACGUCUACAAGGAGAUGGAAGAUGUUUUUGGUUCUUCUCACUCAAUCCGCUUUCAAGAUCGUAAGAAACUGCCCUACACCAAUGCUGUGAUUCAUGAGAUCCAGCGUGCAAGAUAUAUCUUAUUAUUUGGGGUUCCCAGACAAAGUGUGAAGGAAGUGAACAUGCAUGGUUUUCACAUUCUGAAGGGGGCUGUUAUUGCUCCAGACCUUCGCUCUGUUCUUCUUGAUCCCAAGGAAUGGGCCACACCACAAAAGUUCAACCCAAAUCAUUUUUUGAACAAGGAUGGACAGUUUGUGGACAGAGAAGCAUUUAUGCCAUUUGGUGCAGGGGUUCGGGUGUGUCCAGGGGAGCAGCUGGCAAAGACUGAGCUCUUCAUCUUUUUCACCAGCCUGCUGAGAGCGUUCAGGUUCCAGCUGCCAAAAGGAGUGAAAAGAGUCCACAAAAAGCCUAUCGUAGGAUUGACAAUCCGUCCUCGUCCAUACAAGCUCUGUGCUGUUCCCCGCUGCAGGGCGUCAUAAACCAUUAAAAUAAUUAGGGUGACUUAUUCAUUACUGCACUCUGCUUCUCCUUUGCCAUGACUCCAAUAUUCUGUCUUGGCUUGCUCAGCUGAGCUUUUCCAGUCUGCAAUGCUAUUGGUUGAUAAGCACGCUGCCAUCACCCUAGCAAUUCUUCUGUGUUUGCUGUUUAUGCACAAAUAUUUGGCACUGGUUUCUCACA